CCCACAGUCUCGGCUCCGGGGGCAGUCAGAGCCAGAGAUCCAGGACCUACAGUCUCGGCUCCGGAGGCCUUGCGCAGCACACACAGCUCACCUAAGCUCGUGCUCUCCAGCUGCUCUGCUCUGGUCGGCCCUUGGUGGUCAUUCCUUGGCACUAGCACCUCCAAAAUGCUCGGUCUCCGCAACUGGGCUUACCUCUUUACCAAUAUAGCCUCUUCUGGGCACUCUCUCAAAGACCCUGCCCCUGCCACAUGAAGCCAAGCCUCAGUUCUCUCCAUGACCCCUUCAGUCCUGGGGCUUCACCAGUAGCCGCUUCCAGCUGCUCCCAGAGCCUCGCCGCAGCCACAUGGCUAAGUUUGGUGAGCAGCACAAGAGUCCCUCUUCGCCGAGUCCACCCUGGACACAGGAUCUUAAGCCCACUGAAUGGAUGGGGACAACCAGCAGAGCUUCCUAGGAUCCCCACCUCUGGUGACAAGCCCACCUUUGUGCCUCUGUCCAAGUUCAUGAACACGCAGUAUUUUGGAGACAUUGGUUUGGGAACACCCCCUCAGAACUUCACAGUUGUCUUUGACACGGGUUCUUCCAAUCUCUGGGUGCCCUCCUCGAGAUGUCAUUUCUUCAGUUUGCCCUGCUGGUUUCACCAUCGUUUCAAUCCCAAGGCUUCCAGCUCCUUUCGGCCCAAUGGAACCAAGUUUGCCAUUCAGUAUGGGACUGGGCGACUGAACGGAAUCCUGAGCCAGGAGAAUCUGACUAUCGGGGGAAUCCAGGGUGCCUCUGUGACAUUUGGAGAGGCUCUGUGGGAGCCCAGCCUGGUCUUUGCUUUUGCUCGCUUUGAUGGGAUCCUGGGCCUCGGUUUCCCAACUCUGUCUGUGGGAGGAGUUCAGCCUCCGCUGGACACGAUGGUGGAACAGGGGCUGCUGGAGAAGCCCAUCUUCUCCUUUUACCUCAACAGAGAUGCUGAGGGGUCUGAUGGAGGCGAGCUAGUCCUGGGGGGCUCAGACCCAGCCCACUACACACCCCCCCUCACUUUCAUACCAGUCACCGUCCCUGCCUACUGGCAGGUCCACAUGGAGAGGUAAGGAGCCUGGCCUCGUGGGGCUGGAGCUGAGGUUCUGAACAGCCAGACCCUGCCUCUGACGACAGCUUCUACCCUAUCCUUUUCAUAGGGUGAAAGGUUGGGUACGGGGCUGAGUCUCUGUGCCCAGGGCUGUUGAUGCCAUCCUAGACACAGCACGUCUCUAAUCACAGGACCUAGUGAGGAGAUCCGGGCCUUGAAUAAGGCAUUGGGGAUUUCCCUUCCUGGCUGGGCAGUACCUCAUCCAGUGUUCCAAGAUCCCGGAGCUUCCCCCUAUCUCCUUCCACCUUGGUGGAGUCCGGUUUAACCUCACUGGCCAGGACUAUGUUAUUAAGAUUCUUAAGAGCGAUGUUGGCCUCUGCCUGCUGGGCUUCCAGGCCUUGGACGUUCCGAAGCCUGCAGGACCCCUCUGGAUCCUCGGAGAUGUCUUUUUGGGGCCCUAUGUGGCCGUCUUCGACCGAGGAGAUAAAACUAAUGGCCCGCGCGUGGGUCUGGCGCGUGCUAAGUCUCGUGCAACUGGACCGGCAGGAAGAAGGGUUGCCUAGGUGCAGUUCCCCAGAGGACGCCCCGUUUAGGGUACAGGCACACAGGGCUUACAAAAGCUAUGCUUCUUUCCAAUUAAAAAAAAAAUCACUUUCCAUUGAA